UCUGUGGUGCUCGGUCGAGCAUUAGCGACAGCCAGUGGUGACCAGCAGGCGCGGCGGACCACCGCCAGCGGUACGGACUGUACUGGCAGCGCGGCCACCAGCCAGCCAGCCAGCCUGAGCUGGUUAAUGAUAGCAUUAGGCCGCUACGACCACCUUUACUGAACUGUAAAACUGCUGGAGCUGUCGUUCGAUCGUGUGUCGUUCAAUGUAUAUCAGUGCUGCGUCAACGGUGUGAUCGUGAAGAGAAAAAGCGUGAAUAGGGCACGAUUUAAACGAAGACAAAGCCGAAGACAGCAGCAAAUUGCAAUUGAACGAUCGAAUCAGUUUGAUCGAAUAGGUUCGAAGCAAAAACUGCGUUGCAAUAUUUGAAAGCCAAUCAAUAACCCGCGCUUCAACGGUGAUCAAACGGUCGAUACUAAAAUCACUAUUGUGAAAACGUGAAGAAUCAUACGCAACCGAGUGAAUAUUAAUAGAUGAAAGCUUAUUACUAACCGGGUUACCGACGAACGACCCAUUGUCGUCUGCUUGAUUAAUUGCCAUCAGUCCAGUAACCAAUUGAUCACUAAUAUUGAUUGAUUGAUUGAUUGAUUGAUUUGGAUCGAUAUCAAAUCGAAGCAGGCAAAGAAGAGGUUAUCACUCUACGUCGUUUACUUUUCCGCCGUUGGUAACGAAGUGUGUAAAGAAAGAAAGAAAAAAAAAAGGGAAUGUUUGUGCUGUUUAUACACCCGGUGAUACGUUGGGAAAGUCAAUCGAGUGCUGUGAGUGCUGGCAGAGUUUUUCACUAAUAAUAGAUUAGUUUUCAACUUUGUUCUCUUCGUAGUUAGCGCGUGCACGCCGAGGGGUGACGCACAGGGGCGGCAGCGUUCAGUGAUUUUGCCUAUUAUGUCGUCAACGGUGGUUUUUUUCGCUGCCACAACGACGAAGAUGUGAGGUGUAGUCGACAACUGGCAACGCUGGCUAUUUAUCGACCAUACCGUGUGUGCUGUUUGCCCAUAUCGGAGAGGAACGUGAACAUGGUGCAGCAGUUGACUGAUUCGUGAAUCGUGUUGACUUGUGUUCGUGUUUCGCACCUCCGGAAACGCGAGGUGCCUUGGCUUGUUCUGCGAUUACUGAAACUACCAUACAGAUUUACUCGCUCAACAUCAGGUACAGCAUCGAAGAGAAGUUGUGGACGUGGACCUCUCAUAUCAACAUAUAUAUAUAUAUAUACACCUAUGUGUCCACCAUCCAUGCGUCCAGGUUCUGCAGCGUAAUCAUAAUUGUCCUAAUUAGAGCAAUGACAGAAACGGGCGAGACGCAAUUCAACGACGUAUUUCCAUCUAUUGAGCAUUCGAUUUAGCCUGCGCGUUGGUUACGGCAUCGUUGCGACGAACUCUCACUCAAUAGACCUGUCAUCAGCAGCAUCAGAUAUUCAUAUACAACCCUCAGGCAAAAUCAGAAACCGCGAAUUUCAGUGUGAAGAGUGGCAGUGACUGCGCGAUCGGUAAUGAAGCUUAGGGGUAGGUGAAUCUGUUCUGAACUGGAUACCUCAAUGACACCAACCUCCACUCGUUUGUACGCCUGCAUAAGUGGCAGCAGCCGACGGAACAGAUCUGGCUAUUUGUUAGUUAUCGUUACAACGCGGUGCAAUGCUAGUGAUAGGGAAAUUGAUGCCAAAAAAAUAUUAGAAUAAAGGAAGGUCAAACGAAUACUUGAAAGAAAAAACGAGAGAAAAAAAAAAGGAGGUUUUUAAAAUUCUAUUUCCACGCCUUCCCCGAAGUUUUACACCCCUACCAAUUCUUACUCUAUUUCCGUAUAUGUAUAUCCCUUCCGUUCGUAUUACUGCAUGUGCUACUACGCCUUGCUAUUCGUUCGAUAUCUCAAUGGUUUAAGCAACUUGUGCAAGGUGGAAGUUCGCAGCUCGGCCCUGAAAACCCGGGUCCGACCAGAAAUAUCACUACCAGCAAAAUGUGUGAAUGGAGCUCAUAUGAUUAGGAGCAGAAAUGCUAACAUUGCUGUUAAAGGAAUAACGAUCGUAGUGUGAGCUUAAUUAAGAGGGAUACACGCACAAUGGUGCCGCGAUUGAUCACUUCCUGGUGCGCGCGAGUUCGAUUCUCGAGUUUGCUUUUCACCCACGUAAAUGUCCAAUAAUUUUGCGCGAUCGUCGACCGCUUUGGGCUGCGAACUAUAUUUGAGACCAGUCAAUCUCGAACGAGCCGAGUCUGCUAAACGAAGUCUCUAAGAAAGCACGCCGAUCGACAGAGUAAUCAUGCCCUGUAACGGCUUCAAACGCCAAAUCCCACCUACAUACCCAGCGAAGUCUGGCAUUCGAUCACUGCAUGAAAUAUAUAGUCGUUCUAAUUGACAAAAAAAAGGAACGAAAAAAUUUUUUAAUGCUUAGCCUCGACCCAACUGAGAACGGCCACCUGCGACCCUAACAAUUUUCCGGUUAGAAAUAGAUCUGCAGUUACCGCUAAAACGCUCUCCGCCGAGUGAAUCAAAGGACUCUUACCUAAAAAUGAUACCACUACCCUAUCCGGGUUACAUAGCCCAACACGGUUUCAUCCUAAACAUCAUACGCCACAAGGCGGUGCCGUUUUAAAUCUGUCUAUAACGCAAGGAAUUGGAAGGGCAAUUCAGCGUUCGAGCUAUGAAGUUGCGAUGCUCAUGAUUGACCUAGAUCAUCGUUCCACUCAGCGUGCCCCGCCUGCCCAAAGGGAGUCCGUACGCCUUCGAGAUUACUCAGCUGCUGUGAUGGAGGGCCCCUGUUCGCGGCCAACGACGCCCUCGACGCCAUCGUUGGAACAUCGCGAGGUAGCCCAAUUGCUCGACGACAUCCGCCGUUUACAGGCCACUGUCGAGGCGCUGCGCGAAUCCAGCGCUAAACAGAUCUCACAGCUCGAGCGGCUGGUCAAAGAGAAGAGCCGCACAAUCCAGCAGCUCGAAGAGCAACUCGAGCGACAAAAGGACUAUGAUGAUUUGAAGACGCAACUACGGAAGUUGCAUAAUGGCACUGCUGCUGUUGAUCAAUUGCAACAAAUACAACAGCAGCAGCAGCAGCAGCGGCAGCAGCUGCAAGAAAACAGCUGUAGUAACAACGUCAAAAGUGAACGUGACAGCGCAGAGUCACCGCGGUUACACGACAGCUUAGUUGACGAUAAAGCCGAAGAAAAUGAGCGCGGAAGUCUGCAACAAAACGUUGAGGCGUUUGGGUCGCUCUUGGGGGAGGAGAUCGUCUCGACGUUCUCUCGAAUGCUCAAACGGGAAGGCUCAGAGCCGGCACUUCCGUGUGGACAGUCAAGUCCGCCUGCCACACCGAAGUCACACGAUGACAUGUCGUCAGGGACCGAAGGCUCCGGCUCGCGUUUCGGCGAGGAACACGCCGCCAGUCUUGAGCGCCUCCAGGAAUGCCUACGUCAGAACGUCGACAAGUAUCAGUCCGAAGCGUUAAAUACGGGCAACAUUGCUAGAUGCGUCAGAGAGCUACUCAGCGUGCAUAAUAUUGGGCAGAGGCUUUUUGCCAAGUACGUUCUGGGUCUGUCUCAGGGCACCGUGAGCGAACUUCUCUCGAAACCAAAACCGUGGGACAAGCUGACCGAAAAAGGCCGCGACUCAUACAGAAAAAUGCAUGCGUGGGCCACGGAUGAGAACUGUAUCAUGAUCCUCAAAGCACUCGUGCCACGCAAGGGCUCGAAGGAUACGCCGUCCACCCCGGUCGGUGCUUUCCGUCAUGAAGACCUUGCUGAGGACCGAAUCGUUCAGAUCCUUUCCGAGGCCCAGCAGGCAAUGAUCACGCCUAUGACACCGAAGAAGGAGGAGCCCGACUCCGACAAUGCCGACAGCCCUCAGAAUCUCAGCAAGAAGAAACAGGAUGACAAGGAAAAGGAUGGUGUUGAUCUACCGCAAGAUAUCAACCACAUUGCUCGGUUCUAUCAUGAAGAACUGGCCAAGCUAAUGGGUCAGCGAGUCGAGGAUAGUUUCCGCAACCCCGCGCCAGCUUACGACAUGAAACAAGAAGAGGUUCGACAAGCUUUAUCGAUCUAUCACCAGGAGCUGUCGCGACUGUCGCUGGCAUUGGCGCCCGGCCACGAACUGGCCCGCUUCGGCGCUGCUUUACCAGGCGCCUUAUUCAAUGGUCUCAACCUGCAAGCCAUCGCCGACCCGCGCGGUCGGGAAGCGCUCGAGCGCCAACAGCAAAGCGCGUUCUCGAUGGUACAAGCUGCGCAGGCGGUACAGGCUCAGCAGCAGGCUCAGGCUCAACAGCAACAGCAGCAACCCAGAAAAUAUCCGGCGCAAAGCCCGCCCGCCGUCUUGAGCGUGCCCGAGACAUCCACUGCCGAGGACAGCAGCAGCAACCCCUUGCAGCGGAUGCAGAGCAUUACCAACUCACUCCUGACGCAGUCAGCGAUGCCGGCUCUGGCAACACCCAACCCACGUCAGGCCAAAGCCGUGUUACCCCCCAUCACGCAGCAGCAGUUCGAUAAAUACAACAACCUAAACACCGAAGAGAUUGUUAAGAAGGUCAAGGAGCAGCUUUCUCAGUACUCUAUUUCGCAGAGACUCUUCGGCGAAAGCGUACUGGGACUCUCCCAGGGAUCGGUCUCUGAUCUUCUCGCGAGACCUAAACCGUGGCACAUGCUCACUCAGAAGGGUCGGGAGCCCUUUAUCCGUAUGAAGAUCUUCCUGGAGGACGAACAAGCCGUGCACAAGCUCGUCGCAUCACAGUACAAGAUUGCCCCUGAGAAACUUAUGCGCACCUCGGGAUUUACCGCUGCCACUAUCCCAAAAGCACCACCUGUACGCCACCACUCAACCGCCAUGCCAUUUGAGCAUAACGCCGCUGCGGCGGCAGCAGCCGCAGCAGCGGCGGCAGCCCAAGCCAUGCCGAAGAACUCUUCCAUUGAGUCCCUUCAGGCCGCCAUGAAGGAGCAGGUCCACCUCAAUCUUGCGCAACCUCCCGCGGUCGCAUUGGCCGCGCUUCAAAGGCAGAUUCCCCUACCCAGUCAUUCACCUUCACCGACACCCACUACAGCCGCCCCAACUGCGAACGCUGGCAACCUAAACUCACUUAACACCACUCCCAACAAGAAUAAUGCGGCCAUUAGCAACAAUCGCGUACCUUAUUUACAGCCAUCAGUCUACGAAAUGGCAGCUCUUACCACGGACCUCGACACUCAGGUCAUAACCGCUCGCAUCAAGGAGACGCUGAUGGCACAUAACAUUGGUCAGAAGAUCUUCGGAGAGGCCGUACUAGGUCUGUCACAGGGCUCCGUAAGCGAACUGUUGUCCAAGCCCAAGCCUUGGCAUAUGCUAUCGAUUAAGGGUCGAGAGCCUUUUAUACGCAUGCAGCUAUGGCUAAACGACCCCCUCAAUGUGGAGAAGUUGCAGGCUUUAAAGAACGAGCGACGCGAGGACCUCCGUCUGUUUGCGGCCAACAAACGGCGAAGGGGCCCGGAGGCCGAUUAUCCCAGGAUAGACCUACCAGGUUUUCCAUUCCCUUCGCCAAAUUCACCGUUCCCGGCCGCCAAGAAGCCUCGGGUGCUGUUCACCGAUGAACAGAAGGAGGCUCUGCGUCUAGCUUUCUCCAUGGAUCCCUACCCAGGAACGUCAACGAUCGAAUUCCUUGCAGGGGAGUUGAACCUCUCGGUGCGUACCAUCACCAAUUGGUUCCAUAACCAUCGAAUGCGGCUGAAGCAGCACUGUUCGCCCAACCCCGACGAUCCCCGGCCACCUGAGCUCAAUCCGGCGAUGCGCGACCAAGGUAAUACGUUUGAUCCAGUUGCUUUCCGCGCAGCGCUUGUCCAGCGUUUACGCGAUCUGCAGUCUAGCGAUCGAUCGACGUCUCGCAAUUCGACUCCACCAGCCAUCUCGUACAACAGUUACUCGCCUUCGUCAACAAAUGACGACGGCACCCUUGACUUAUCAAUGGCUACGGGGGGUCACAAGAGCGAUAACGAAAACGACAAUGACAACGACAAUGACGAUAGUCAGGAGCCGACAGCAACAGAAGGUAGCGAUCGCGACUCGCUUGACGGCGCUGCUCAGGCUAAAACGUCUUCAUCACGCAGGAAACCAGCCAUGCCCAAGUGGAUCGAUCCGGGACUGAAUGACUGCGAACAGGACGAGCACGACAUACAUGAGCCGGAGCUGAUUAUCAAUGGGGUGUGCCGUGUGACCAACGAUUUGCGCGCAGCGAAAGAAAAAUUGGGCAGUCUUCUCGGUGACUCGAUCGAGGUCGUACGCAUCGAUCCUGUCGCGCCUUCCCCUGCAGCUGACGACCUCAGCAGUAAGAAACGCGAAAGCAACAACAACACAACCGACGAUAACAAUUCAACCAGUCAACAACAGCUCACUCCAACACAAACCCAUUCCGAUGACGAUUUCUGAACACAAAUAAAGAUUGAUCGCGUGGAGCGUAGCAGAUUUCUUCGAUAUGAAACGCUGGACCAUUUGACUACUCGACUGAGUGGGGAAGCGUUUUCGCCGCGAGGCGCUGCUUUGGCCGAGCCGAGGCAGCGAUCUAGCAUGGGCUGCGAAGGCGCGUAAAUAAAGCUGGCAAGUAAGGAAAAAAGCUAGUAUACAAGGCAAAUAAAUACGUAGAAACAAACGCAACGCAUCGUUUGCUUUAACUAUCACCUUUCGGGUGCCAAAAUGACGCCAUUUAUUAGUUUCCAGCAGGAGAAAACAUUGCAGAGCAUUCAGAUAGGACGGAACUGAAUUCGCCGGCUGACCGUUCAUUGACCAUCAAUGAAGAAAACGAUAAAUAUGAUAUCAAAUAAUGAAGAAUAAGGAACGAUGUUGUCAACAGUAUCAUUCAUGCAUGCACUUCUGUAUAUAGUUUUUUUUCUCGUUUAGAUGAUCAUAAUGAAGAGAAAUAAUUCAUUCUAAUAGUAACCUAUGUUCACAUACAUUAUCAUCAUGAUGAAGACAAUGACCAUUAAUACGAAUACUAAUAUUGCCACUAUAUAUAUAUAUAUAUAUAUAUAUAUAUAUACAUACCUGUCGUUUAGAAUACGUGUAGAAUAUAUAUUGUAGCACCGUCGCCAAAGAGGUCGUGCUAACGCACAACCGCGGUACUUAGGCGUUCCCCCCGUAGACGAAUUAAAAUAUAAAUAUAUGUACAUCUAUGUGAACACGAAAAUGACACCAUAAUAAUUCUAAAAUGAAGAGAAAAAACAGAAGAAGCUACAAAAUCCAAUCAUCUAAUAGAAUCUGUAACGAUAUAGAAUGAUCGCGAUCACCGUGAUAAUUUUAAUGACCCCCGCUUUGCCUUAGUCUUUCCCGCAACCAUGUCCCAGACAGAACUUGCGUAUUUGUACAUAAUGUUUAUACGCCGCCGCAGUACUCAUUCCCUUACCGUAGAACAAGCAAACCACAAAUAACGAGAGCGAGAAGCUCCCUCAAACACGCUUGGGCUGGUACAGACACGUUCAACACGCAUCUUAGACAAAACACAGUUGUCCGAUAACAACAAGCAAAUAAACAGACCGACCCAUUACGAGACAAAAACAGAGCUGUCAGUGAACUCAUAUGUGACGUGUUUCGAUCUUCCCCCGAAGCAGGCGGGGAGCAAUAAUGCAUCUUCGGCUUGCUCCCCGUCCGCAAAGAGACUAUAUUAGGAUAAAACACCUCAGCGGGGGCUGGAUUCGGGGCACAUUCAUGUAUGCAAACGGCCAACGUUUAUUCAUUCCAGGCGCCCAUAAGAUGGGACCUGUAUAUAGAAUCUCUUUUCUGAGACUUACCAGCGGCCAAGUAUAGUUGAACCGAAUAUGGCCUGGAAGCCCCGGAGCAUUCAUAAAUAGAAAUCCGAGGCUAUUGCUGGCUUCGAUUCGAAGACACGUUGGUAACGGCAGGGCCUUUAGAAUCCUAUGAGACAAAAACAGUAGUGCAUACCAAAAAAAUGCCACCCCCGACAUAUUCGCCCUUUGCGUUCAAAAAAGGGGAAAGACAAAGAAGGUAAAAACGUAGGAGAAGGAAAACGCAAAAAGGGAAUCGGUGAUAAAGCGACCGGAAAUUGACUUUAGAAACUAGAGACGAAAAAUUCAAAAGAUGACACAAACACACACACACACACACACACACACACACACACAUAUGAAACACGUUAACUGUACUUAGCAAGGAGAGCGUAGAAAGGUGUAGUUGCGUCAGAAACACGUGACGUAACGUUUAAUUGCAUAAUAACAAAACACUGUAAUAUUGUGACAAGAUGUACCCAUAGGAAUCAUAAAGAUGAGACAUUAUUAGAAUGACCUAGAUCGAUGCAAGGAUAUUGAACGCCAUAUAUGGAAUAUGGGGGCGGUGACGUGCGGGCUCUAGCAACAACAGCAACGAUAAGAUCGAUGCUAGCAUCGAGGCGAAAACCGCUUCUCGCCAUUCUUAGAUCCUCAGUAUUAUUAAGGGUAACUUAUUUUAUUAUUAUUAUUAUUAUUAAUUGCAGAUCUUAUUAUAAAUAUUUGUUAUACACACACAAUGGUCGUGUAAGUGGAAUUGAUCGCUGAAGGUAUAACGAUGAAAUACUGGAUUACAAAACACCCGCUGUACCAUAUAUAUAUAAGAAAUCAAGCUUGUUGCACACGCAUGCCGGCCUGACUGAAAUAUUACCCAACAACCAAUAUAUAUAUAUAUAUAUAUAUGUGUGUGUAGGACACAAUCGAUAAAAUGAGCAGAGGACGCAACGCUUCCCGGUCCACUUCCCGGUGACAUUACCCAAAAAAACACUCAAGAAUAGUUGUAAUAGUAGAUUUAUAUAAAUAAUGAUAUGAGUAAUAUAAAUAAAUCUGUAAAUAUCUUCUUUAUUAGCGUAUUUCUCUCAGAUUACGCACAUAUGUGAUAACGCGAGAGAGAGGCAGACCAAACGAGAGAAAGUGGCUUUGUGUGAAAGGAAACGGAAAAGAGAGAAGCAAACAUGAAAACACAACUUUAACAUGAAGAGGAAUGGUCGGUUCGUGUCAACUGGCACCGCGUGCGCGUAAGGCGGCAAUCCCACAGCAAUGGCUGGUUUGUCCAACAGGAAGCCGGCAUUUUCCGUGGUGAGUGUUGGCGCCUUCAGUGUCAAAAUUGCAGUCUUGGGGAAUAGCCGUCUUCGUGGUCAGCUACCACAAAAGUCUCAGGGCUGAGCUGGGAGGCAGGUUAUUCAUGCGGUGGGGUAGGAGUCUCAGUCGAUAUGCAUGAUAUGGACGCUUGCAUUUGUUCCAAUAGACGCGGAUGCAUGUGGGUCCAGAAGUCCUCGGGUCAUGUUGUGAUAGCCAAUCAUCCGGUAGUCCAUUAAACUUCCUACAGGGAUCUGUCACUGAGGGAUGACAAUAUUGGAUGGGUUGGUUAGUGUCAACGCUUUGGCGCGGACCCCAGUCAUCGUCGUGACUUACCCUGACGCAGACAACACACAGAAGAAUAUCAAGUUGAAAAACACUUACAUAUACAGCAAUCAAACACAAUUCGUUACCACAACAGAAAAUCACCUCCCCUACCCCCACGCUGGUCACCUGCAGACGCUCCCGCAAACGUUUUAGGACAUCAACGUCUACAAUGAGCUCGUGCCGUUGGCCUAGGCCAGAUAUAUACAAGCAAGCAAAUAUUAGAUACACGAACAGUAAAAACACACUCACUCACUAAUAUGUACACAUGCAAGCACACAUCUGUAGGACACACAUCUUUAAAGACCUUGCCGACACUGGAGCAGGACGUGCAGAAUAGAAUCGAAAAGCCGAAUUAGGAAAAGAGAAAUUGCGAAAAAUUGUACGUGAAGAAGAGGAGCGUUGGAAAGCAAAAAUGAAUGAGAAUAAGUAAAUGAAGGUAUAAAAAAAAGUAAAAAGAAGAUAAUGAAACCGUAAAAGUGAAGAGAAAAUUGUAAAAGUAUGAAAAAAGGCAAAUGCGCUAUAGAGCGAUGGCGGAAUGAAGGAAUGAACGAGUGGUGUGCAAUGCAGCUGAUCGAUUAUAAUGAUCAUAAUUAUAAUAUUAUUAUUGAGGCAGAAGACGAAUAAUUACUAGUAUAAAAUAAUAAUAAUAAUAAUAAUAAUAAUGAGAAUAAAAUGAUGAUCUUGAAUGUACUUGCAUCUCGUAGAGGUGGCGAUAAAGAUGGUGAAGAAGCUGCUGCUAAUUACGAUGGCGAAGACAAAGAUAAUGGUAGUAAGUGGUGAAAUGACGAAGGUUAAGAUUAUAUAGAUGUGUGUGAAGCUCUGGACCGAAGGUCUUCUCAAGUGUGUGAUUGAUCUUCGCAUAAAAUGAUGACAUGAUAGAAGCUGAUAAGCAUGAUAAGAGAGGACAACGGUUUAUUUGUGCAGUCUGUGUUCAUAUUCAUCUCGCGUAAGAACUGAGAAUUGAAUGAGAGAUAGAGACAGAGAGAGAGAGAGAGAGAGAGAGAGAGAGAGCGAGCGAGAGAGAGAGAGAGAGAGAGAGACUAAACAAUUGGUAAUGCUGAUAAAAACGAUGAAAAUGACGACGACAUAUUACCAUACCGACGAAAACUCUGAUGAACACGGUGAUUAUAUAAUAAAAUGUAAAAUAAAGUAACGAAAUAAAGUUGAUCUUUGCCUCGUCGAGAAGAA